UAACGGGCCGCGGCGGCGGCGGCUGCGGCGGCGGCUCAUGAGGCGCCGUGAUGGACCUAGUGGAGGCGGUAAGGAGACGGUGCGCUCGGCGGGGCCGGAGAUAGAAUUUAAAGAACGCUGUACUCAGUGUGCUGCUGUCUCUUGGGGUCUUACUGAUGAAGGCAAAUAUUAUUGCACUUCUUGCCACAAUGUUACAGAAAAAUCUAAGGAAGUUCUAAACACUGAGGCUAUUCCUAAUACCAAGAUACAAGCCAUCAACCGGGGGCUUAAAAGAAAAAGAAAGCUUGAAAAAGGCUGGGAUUGGUAUGUUUGUGAAGGUUUUCAGUACAUACUUUAUCAACAAGCAGAAGCCUUGAAGACCCUUGGAGUAGGCCCAGAGUUAAAGAAUGAAGUUUUACAUAAUUUUUGGAAGCGCUACCUUCAGAAGAGCAAGCAGGCGUAUUGUAAAAACCCAGUGUAUACCCUAAGAAGGAAAGCUAUGGUAUUAGAAGAUAAUCUAAAUCAUUCAGACUGGGCUAGUGAGCCUGAGCUGCUGAGUGAUGUCAACUGUCCUCUUUUUGUUGAAAGUGGAGGGGAGUCUCAGUCUGGCGUCCACAGUGAAAAGCCUUUUCCCAUCACCAAAGCAUCACAGUCAGAAACGGCAUCCAUCUGUUCUGGAUCUCUUGAUGGAGUUGAAUACUCACAACGAAAAGAGAAGGGGAUUGUGAAGAUGACUGUGCCCCGGACACUUGCUUUCUGCUAUCUGUCGUUACUUUGGCAGAGAGAAGCAAUAACUCUUUCAGAUCUUUUGAGAUUUGUCGAAGAGGGCCAUAUUCCUUACAUAAAUGCUUUUCAGCAUUUUCCAGAAGAGAUGAAAUUAUAUGGGCGUGACAAAGGAAUCUUUGCUAUAGAGUCGUGGCCUGACUACGAGGAUAUCUAUAACAAAGUGAUUGAAGUUGCCACAUUUUUAGACUUGCCUCGUUUUCCAGACAUAACUAAAGAGUGCUACUUUCAUCCCAACAUCUUGUGUAUGAAGUACUUAAUGGAAGUCAAUCUUCCUGAUGAAAUGCACAGUUUAACCUGCCAAGUGGUAAAAAUGACUGGAAUAGGAGAAGUGGAUUUUCUGACAUUUGAUCCUAUAGCUAAAAUGGCAAAAACUGUUAAAUAUGACGUACAAGCUGUGGCUGUCAUUGUAGUAGUAUUGAAACUGCUCUUUUUAUUGGAUGACCAUUUAGAAUGGUCUUUGUCUAAUCUUGCUGAAAAACAUAAUGAAAAGAACAAAGAAGAUAAGCCAUGGUUUGAUUUCAGAAAGUGGUACCAAGUUAUGAAGAAAACUGUUGAUGAGAAAAAACAAAAAUGGGAAGAAGCAAGGGCAAAGUACCUAUGGAAAAGUGAAAAGCCACUCUACCACUCAUCCAUUGACAGAUCAGUAGUUUAUAAAAGAAGAGAAAUGGUGGUGAGUCUGCAAAGGCAAUUUAGCACACUGGUCGAUUCAAUACCAACUGUUGGGAAAAAAAGCCCUUCAAGUUUUCAGUUCAACUGGAUAGCAGAAGACACUGAUCAAACUUGUUUCCAUGGACAUAGCCUCCAGGGGGUCCUGAAAAAGAAAGGCCAAUCACCGAUCACCAAGAAUUCAUUAUAUUGGCUUAGUACACAGAAAUUCUGUAAAAGCUAUUGUAAACAUGUGACAACCUAUGAAGAAUCCAAUUUUUCUCUCAGUUAUCAGUUUAUACUAAAUCUCUUCUCCUUCCUGCUAAGAAUAAAGACCUCCUUUCUCCAUGAAGAAGUGAGCUUAAUUGAAAAGAAACUUUUUAAAAAAAGAUAUAGUAAAACAAAAAAGAAAUCUUCAAGGUCCAAGAAAGUGAGAAGACGUUGAGAAAAAUGAAAUAGAAACUUUCUUGGAAUCCAUGUACUGGCCAGCAGCCAAAAAAAAAAAAAUCUUUCCUGGAAAAAUAUUUUAGUAGUGACAGUAAUGUCAAAUUAUAAUAAAACAUUCCAGAGAAUUGUGGAAAAUAUAAUUUUAUUGCAUAUAUAUAUA